AUGUUCUUCAAGUCUGCCGAUCUCUCUCAAAGACAAUCCCUCAUCAUGAAUCCCCCAAAUCCCGACUACAGCUCGAUGGCCUUCCAAGGCUGGCGCGAAAAUGGUGUUUUGCACCUUCCAGACCCUUCUCCCUCAAAGGUGUCUCCAGAACCCGAAAUAAAAUACCGUCUCCGAAGACCACGAUCGCGACCAUCAAGCUCGCAAUCAGAUCAGACGAAGCAAUCUAAUAAGCAACUCUCGCGUCGCAGGUUGGAAACUCAAUCUGCUCCUCGACUCGUACUUCCUAGAGACUACAGCAUGGCUUUGAUGGCGAAUAGACUUCCCUCUCUAUUGGAGGAGUGGAAGCGUAGAUCUCGCAGCAAUCAAGAACAAUCUCAACUCCUCAUUGAGUACACUGUGAACGACGCGCUGUCAACAGCUAUCAAUACCACACUUUCAAAAGAGCUGGAGAAAUUAUCAGUCCACUUUGUCGAGUUUACGCUUUUCAUGAACCUUCCACCAGAAUUGAGAUUGAAGAUUUGGUUCUAUGCUUUGCCAAGAGAGCGCUUGGUGGAGGUCAUACUCGACAAAUUAGAGCCCUUAGAACUCUUUUCAAGCUCAGCAGUCCGCUCUCCUACACCCGUGCCGGCCAUUCUUCAAGUCUGCUCCGAGUCUCGAGUAGAAGCUUUGAAGCAUUAUAGCCUCAUGUUUAGCUCUCGGUGGGGGGUGCGGCCGGCCCGAGUGUACUUUGAUCCCUCGAUAGACGUUCUUUUCAUGAAUUGCCACCGCUUUCCAAAACUUGGAUUUCUUGAUCUACUUACUUUGUUUGACAGAACCCACAGAAGCAUCACUGACAUGGAGAAGGUGGCUGCGCUGUGUUUCUGCAAUGGUAUAGCCAAGCGCCUUGGUUACCUCAAUAGGCAUGGGUCACUAAGAACACACUUCCAAAUAGGACUUCCUCUAUUAGAGAGGUUGAUCAUCACUGAGCAUGGCACCCAGUGUCUGAAGCAAGCCAGACUGUUACCACCGAGCCUUGAGGCAUCUCCAACGUUUCUUGAGCCUCGCGAAUUGGACGCAUUUGAAUCAAUAUUUGGGAUCAAUGCAGAGUUCGGCAUCGUGAAAGAGGAGUGGUCAAUGGACGAAUGCGAAAGUUGUGCCGAAGUCAAAGACACCGCCCGCAACUAA